AGUGUCCCCCAGGCCAGCACAGCUGGGCGGGCUCUGUCGCGUUUGCAGCCCACCCCUGCUCCGUGCGGGAAUGCCCCGCUCCAGCCGGGAAUGGGAUGCGCCCUGCCCGGGGGGCUGCUGCUGCUAGCCGCCGGCUGCGGGCAACGCUGGAGAGAGAACUGUCUUCCCCAGGCACCGAUUCAGAGAUGGUUGCCAUUAAGGGUAUUGAAAGAGAGCUUAUCUGCCCAGCAUGCAAAGAAUUGUUUACCCAUCCGCUGAUCAUUCCCUGCCAGCACAAUGUCUGUCACAAAUGUGUGAAAGAAAUACUUUUUGCAUUUGAAGACUCCUUUGCUGAUGGAGGCUCUGAAUCCUCUAAUCAGAGUAGCCCUCGAAUUAGAAUCUCUGCUUCUAGCAUGGACAGAAUUGACAGGAUUAAUAGAUCAGUCUCACAGAGGAGGUCUUUUGGGUGCAGAGGCAGAAAACGAAAUUCACUGACUCCUAGAUCGACUCUGUUUCCUUGUCCAAGUUGCCAGCGGGAUAUUGAUCUUGGGGAGCGUGGCAUCAAUGGCUUAUUUCGCAACUUCACUUUGGAAACCAUUGUGGAAAGAUACAGACAGGCAGCCAGGGCAGCUGUUGCUAUUAUGUGUGAUUUCUGCAAACCUCCACCUCAGGAGUCCACAAAGAGCUGCAUGGACUGCAGUGCAAGCUACUGCAAUGAAUGUUUCAAAAUCCACCAUCCUUGGGGAACUGUGAAAGCCCAGCAUGAAUAUGUAGGACCAACCACCAACUUCAGACCCAAGAUUUUGAUGUGUCCAGAACAUGAAAUGGAGAGAGUAAACAUGUACUGUGAAAUCUGCAGAAGGCCUGUUUGUCAUCUUUGCAAACUGGGUGGAAGUCAUGCAAACCAUAGAGUAACAACCAUGAGCACUGCCUACAAAACCCUUAAGGAGAAGCUUUCAAAAGAUAUCGAGUACCUUAUCAGUAAGGAGAGCCAGGUGAAAGCUCACAUCACACAGCUGGAUCUGCUGCUGAAAGAAACAGAGUGCAACAGUGAAAGAGCUAAACAAGAAGCAUCUCAGAGUUUUGAGAAAUUAUACCAUGUCCUGGAAGAGAAGAAAUCUGCAGCUCUUAGGGCAAUUGAAACCUCUAAGAAUAUAAGGCUGGAAAAAUUGCAAACACAAGUGGAAGAAUACCAAGGGCUCCUGGAAAAUAAUGGCCUUGUAGGAUAUGCUCAAGAAGUGCUGAAAGAAACUGAUCCCUCCUGUUUUGUUCAAACAGCAAAACAACUUCAUGUCAGAAUCCAAAAAGCUACUGAGUCUCUGAAGAGCUUUAGGCCAGCAGCUGAAACCACUUUUGAACACUUUGUGGUGGACACUGCCAAGCAAGAAGACAUCCUUGGUGACCUGUCCUUCCAUUCCAAUGGUCUAGAAAUACCAGAAAUCAAUGAAGCGCAGAGCAGAAUGUACAACAAAGCUCUAAUCAGCUGGGAAUGCCCUGGGAAGACAGAGUCAGCUGAUACUUAUGUUCUUGAGUAUCAUAAACUUAAUAAAGAAGAGGAGAGUGUGACAUGGCAAAAGACUGAAGUUUGUGGCAAGAGCAAAGUAUUAUCUGAUCUUGAUGAUGACAGCAGCUACGCCUUUAGAGUUCGAGGCUACAAAGGGUCCAUCUGUAGCCCUUGGAGCAGAGAAGUUAUUAUGCGUACUCCUCCAGCCCCAGUUUUCAGUUUUCUUUUUGAUGACAAAUGUGGGUACAACAAUGAACAUCUCCAGCUGAACCCAAGAAGAACCUCGGUGGAAAGUAGGGCUGGAUUUCCUCUGCUUCUGGGAUCUGAGCGCUUGCAGGUUGGAUGCUACACAACCCUGGAUUACAUCAUUGGUGACACUGGGAUUGCCAAAGGGAAGCACUUCUGGGCUUUUACUGUGGAAGCCUAUUCAUACCUGGUGAAAGUGGGAGUUGUUCCUAGCAACAAGAUACAGAAAUUGUUCCACAAUACCCAUGAUGUGACCAGUCCAAGAUACGAGCAAGACAGUGGUCAUGACAGUGGGAGUGAAGAUGCCUUCUUCGACUCAUCGCAGCCUUGCACACUGGUCACUUUAGGCAUGAAGAAGUUUGUUAUCCCUGCUACACCUGCUGCUCCUAAGGAUCCAGCCAGCAGAAUCCUUCCCCUGCCAUCAUGCUUGGGCAUUUGCCUUGACUGUGACAGAGGCAGGGUAGGAUUUUAUGAUGCAGGCCGUAUGAAGUGCCUGUAUGAAUGUGAGGUGGAUUGCUCUGGCUUAAUGUACCCAGCGUUUGCUUUAAUGGGCAGUGCAGCAGUGCACCUUGAGGAAGCUGUCACAGCCAAGUACAGGGAGUACCAUGACGACAUCUAGUACAUGAAUCUCUUCCCAUUGCUGUUCUGAGACUGAAAAUGAAAGCAGAAGAAUUCUACCUUAGCUUUUAGUCCUGAUAAAUUAUAUUCUACUUACGUGUUGCUCACAAGCCUCUGGCCUGUGAUUUUUAAAAUAAAUGGUCCAGGUGCUUCCUGCACCAGAUGAAUUCUCCUGCCUUUCUUGUGAUCUGUGCAAUGCUAUUCUCCAUAGACUUUUUUUCCUGGGGGAAGCAGGAAAGAAGUCUGACUAGCAACCAAAAUUUACUUUUCAGGACUAGCAACCAAAAAUUACUCUUUGGGGUAGAAAUCUGCCUUUUAUUUAACUUAAGUCCUUAAAUAGUUGGUUUUGUAUUUAAUGAAUUCAAAGCUUAUGGUGUGUGAUUGCCAUUUGACGCUGUUGAGGCAGGGCGGUGUGAAAGGACUCCACAUCAGAAGGUUUGAGAGUAGAACUCUGAUUUAUUUCAAAUACAUCUCUCUUUUAUAGAGAAUAUUGUCUAGACGCAUUUUAUUGGUCCUAGACUAAAAACAUCUCACUUCAUUGGUGUGCAGUGAAUGAUGCACAGUGGCAGACCUUAUCUAUAAAGAAUGUGAACAAGAGAGAUAAAGAAUUAUUUACAUUCUUUCUCAACUGUUUCCCAGGCUUCUGCCUGGUUAGAAAGCUUUGUUUUCUCUCUGACUGAACUGAGAAUGUCUACAGCCAUUCUCCUUUUAAGAAAUCUGCCUGAAUGCCUCUACAGGGUUAGAUGCUUUCCAGUUACCCCUGAGCACCAGUUGGGCCUUUCAGCACAGAAUAGCAUAUAGAACUAUAAUAUGAAAGAGGAAGAAAUUAGAAAUGGUGUUGAAUGUUUAACUUAUACUUGGAAUGAUGAAGGUAAACUUAAUUCUGAUUGCAUGUUGUAUACCCUUAAUGUGAUUGUAAGUUAAAAUGCAAGUUCUGACACUCAGUGUCAUAUAGUUGGUGGCAUAAUGGUAAGUUCCUUUAUUCUUCCAGGCUUUUACUAUAAGCUAUCUAAAAGAAAGUGCAAUUGUACCUUAAAUGUCAGAAUCUGGAGUCAAAAAUCAGAAAGGUUUGCAUGUGUGAAUAAUAGUACCUGGUAUUUAGGCAAAGCAAGUGAGUUGCUGACAUGAGUAAUUAUAUGUGAAUUAAAAAAAAUAAAAUCAGGUAUUUCUUUUAACAUUUGCUUUUAUAGGUUAAUUUUUUAAAAUCUAGUAGCAGCUUGAAUUUUUCUUAGUAAGAAUGUUAAAAAUGCACUGGUUAAGUUUGGAGACCUAAUUUCUGCCUUAAAGGAUGUCUCCCUUCAAAUUUC